GCUGUUAAAAUUUAGAGAGUUCUCAUCUCCACACAGAAACCAGAGGAAAGGUUAAAAAAAAAAAAACAGUGAGAAAAGAUGGCGUCGAGCGGAGCAGCGGGGCCGUUCUGGAGAGCGGCGGGGAUGACGUACGUGAGCUACUCGAACAAGUGCGCGAGCAUGAUGAGGAACUGCCUCAAGGAGCCUCACAGGACCGAAGCCCUGGAGCGGGAGAAGGUUCAUUUCUCCAUCUCCAAAUGGGUCGACGGAAAGCCAGAAAAACCUUCAAUCCGGGAGGGUACCGGAGGAGAUUGAUUCGGGUUGUGGAAGAUGAAUUUAAAUCGAGAAGCGAAUCAAGCCUACUCUUUCUUUUCUUUUCGUACGAGAGAGAUUCAUUUGGCAUGUUGUUAGUGUUGUUAUCAUCAGCAAAUAAUAACGAGAAAUGUUCUCUCGUUCAUUUAUUUAAGUUUUGUUUCUUGAUCGAAAUCAUUUAAUUUGCGAUUUCUUUUGUCGCAUCGUAUUCGAUUUUGCUUCCAUAAAAAAAAGUCUACCAACACCAGAUCCGAUCCGCGCAUAAACAGUUAAAUUGUUG